AAAAUGAAUGGCACUGAGGGCAACAACUUCUACAUCCCCAUGUCCAACAGGACUGGGCUUGUAAGGAGUCCUUUUCUAUACCCUCAGUACUACUUGGCGGAUCCAUGGCAAUUCUAUCUGCUUGCUGUCUACAUGUUCUUCCUGAUCUGUUUUGGAUUCCCCAUCAACGGUCUGACCCUGUACGUCACAGCCACAAACAAGAAGCUCCAGCAACCUCUAAACUUCAUUCUGGUCAAUUUGGCUCUGGCUGGGUUGAUCAUGGUUCUCUUUGGAUUCACUAUCACCAUUACAUCUGCUGUCAAUGGCUACUUCAUCUGGGGACCAUUGGGCUGUGCCAUUGAGGGAUUCAUGGCUACACUUGGAGGUCAGGUGGCUCUGUGGUCUCUGGUGGUGCUGGCAAUUGAGAGAUACAUUGUGGUAUGCAAGCCCAUGGGCAGCUUCAAAUUCAGUGUCGCCCAUGCUGGUGCAGGUGUUGGAUUCACCUGGGUGAUGGCUGCCACCUGCGCUGUUCCCCCACUGGUUGGCUGGUCCAGAUACAUCCCUGAGGGAAUGCAGUGUUCAUGUGGACCUGACUACUAUACUCUGAGUCCAGGCUACAACAAUGACUCAUAUGUCAUAUACAUGUUUGUCUGCCACUUCAUGGUUCCAGUCUUCAUCAUUGCCUUCACUUAUGGAAGCCUUGUCCUCACAGUCAAGGCGGCGGCAGCUUCCCAGCAGGAUUCAGCAUCUACCCAGAAAGCUGAGAAGGAAGUGACACGUAUGUGCCUCCUGAUGGUUAUGGGUUUUCUGAUUGCCUGGACCCCCUAUGCCUCUGUUGCUGCAUGGAUCUUCUUCAACAAAGGAGCUGCGUUCACUGCCCAGUUCAUGGCUGUCCCAGCCUUCUUCUCAAAGAGCUCAGCCAUCUUCAACCCAGUCAUCUAUGUGCUGAUGAACAAACAGUUCCGUAACUGCAUGCUGGCUGCUGUAGGCAUAGCAGCCCCUGAGGACGAGACUUCUGUGUCAACAAGCAAGACAGAAGUGUCUUCUGUGGGCCCUGCAUAA